GGUUUGACAAUGGCAAACCAGAAGCCCCUCCUCUCUAAAUUCCUAUCCUUUCUCUUGCUCAGCCUCAGCCUCAGCCUCUGGGGUCAUCCGCCUUUGGUGAUGGCAAAGGAGGUCAUACCAGUAGGAGUUGUACUUGAUUUGAAGUCCCCAGUUGGAAGAGUGGCAGAGAGCUACAUGUCCAUGGCGCUCUCAGACUUCUAUGCUGUGAAUGAUAACUAUAGCACAAGACUGUCUCUCCUCACAAAGGAUUCUGGGAAUGAUAUCAUUGCUGCAGCAUCUGCAGCAUUGGAUUUAAUAAAGAAUGAAGAAGUUCAGGCUAUUAUAGGACCUCAAAGGUCAGCACAAGCAAGGUUUGUGAUAGAACUUUGCCGCAUAUCUCAGGUUCCCAUAAUUUCCUUUUCAGCCACAAGUCCCUUUCUUUCUCCAUCCCAAAACCCAUUUUUCAUACGAACAACUCAAGAUGAGUCUGCACAGGUUAAAACCAUAGUAGACAUUGUUAAGGCCUUUGGUUGGCGGGAAAUUGUCCCUAUCUAUGAAGACACAGAGUAUGGCAAUGGUUUAAUUCCCUAUUUAAUGGACGCGUUACAAGAGAUUGACACUCGGGUGCCUUACAGAAGUGUCAUUCCUCCAUCUUCUAAUAAUACUGAAAUCAGUGAAGAGCUUAACAAGUUAAAGGCAAAUCAUACAAGAAUAUUUCUUGUGCACAUGACUGCUUCACUUGGCUCCAAGCUCUUUGUACUCGCAAAGAAUGCAGAAAUGAUGAGCGAAGGAUAUGCAUGGAUCAUCACACAAGGAUUAUCUUCUCUGCUAGAUCCUAUGGGCUCAAAGGUCAUGGACUCAAUGCAAGGUGUAUUGGGAAUAAGGCCGUACUUACUUCCUUCAAAAAAACUUAAAGAUUUUGAAAGAAAAUGGAAGAGAAAUUUAACCUCAAUCAAAACAAGGAGCAAGACUACUACUAGCUUAAACCUCUUUGGAUUAUGGGCAUAUGAUACAGUUUGGGCGUUGGCUAUGGCAGUGGAAAAGGCUGGCAUAGUGCAUUCUAGCUUCUUGAAGCAAAAUGCUAGCAACAGUAAUGUUGAUCUUGCAGCUUUAGGCAUUUUGGAAAUAGGUACAAAGCUUCACAAUACAAUUCUUACUACUAAAUUUCAAGGCCUAAGCGGGAAUUUUCACUUGGUUAAGGGGCAGUUGGAGCCUUCAGCCUUUGAACUAUUCAAUGUAAUAGGAAGAACCGAGAGGAUUAUUGGAUAUUGGACGGGAAACAGAGGAUUUUCACUAGAUUUGAAUGACACUAGUGAAGAGGCAUACUCAACUUCAAAGGACAAACUUAAACAACCGAUUUGGCCAGGAUACACAACAGACCAACCUACAAAGUUAAGGAUUGGGGUUCCAAUAAGAAAUAGUUUUGAAGAAUUCCUGAAGGUGGAAUGGCAUUCUUCUACUGAUGAUAAGCCUAGCAUAUCAGGGUUCGUCAUUGAUGUGUUCCAUGCUGUACAAGAUGCAUUACCCUUUCCCCUUUCUCAUGAGUUUAUUCCCUACGUGAAUAAACAUAGGCAGAGUAAUGGCACAUAUGAUGAACUUCUUUACCAAAUUAAAACUCAGAGGUACGAUGCUGUUGUUGGAGACAUAACAAUUGUAGCUAAUCGCUCCUUGUAUGUUGAUUUCACUUUGCCUUAUUCAGAAUCAGGCGUGUCAAUGGUGGUUUUGGUGAAAGAUGAUGACAACAAAAACUUGUGGAUUUUCUUAAGGCCACUAAGCUUGAAUCUAUGGUUAACAACUAGUGUAGCAUUUAUCUUUACAGGUUUGGUAAUAUGGGUUCUUGAACACCGUGUAAACACUGAGUUUAGAGGCCCUCCAGAGCAACAACUUGGCCUGAUUUUAUGGUUCUCUUUUUCAACACUUACCUUUGCUCACAGGGAGAGAGUGGUAAAUAAUUUGUCAAGAUUUGUGCUCAUCAUAUGGAUGUUUUUGGUACUCAUUCUGACUCAAAGCUAUACGGCGAGCUUAACCUCAAUGUUAACAGUACAAAGAUUGCAGCCUACAUUUGUUGAUGUAAAAGAGAUUAAAAGGAAAGGUUAUUUGGUUGGAUAUCAAAAGGGUUCAUUCAUUAAGGGGCUUCUAAUGAAACAAUUAGAUUUUGAUGAGUCCAAGUUGAAGCCAUAUGAGACACCUGAGGAGUAUCAUGAAGCACUAUCAAAAGGAAUCCUCAAUGGGGGAGUUGCAGCUGCUUUCGGUGAAAUCCCUUAUAUCAAGCUCUUCCUUGCAAAGUAUUGCUCUAGGUAUACUAUGGUUGGACCGACCUACAAAAGUGAUGGAUUUGCCUUUGCCUUCCAACAAGGAUCUCCUUUAGUCCCUUAUAUUUCAAGGGCAAUCUUGAAUGUCACUCAAGACCAAGAGAAAAUUGGACCAAUUGAGCGAAAGUACUUUUCAAGUCAAACUAUGUGCGAAGAUCAAAGGACAACAAUCUCUUCACAUAGUCCUAGUCUUGGAGUGGACAGCUUUGGAGGCCUCUUCCUCAUCACGGGAAUCACUUCCAUGGUCUCACUCUUGGUUUAUGUGAUUAAAUUUUUCUUCUCACAUUGGCCUACUUUGAGUGACAAAAAUACUGCAACCUCUUUCUGUUCCAAAUUAGUUGAAAUGGCAAAACUUUUUGACCAAAAAGAUCUUUCUUCACAUCACUUUAAGAGAGAAGAAUCAAGGGUGCAUGAUGCGGGAAGUCCUGACGUUUUUCAACCUUCACCUAGUAUUGAUGAUAUGCAGAACCACUCAAGGAAUUCCACUGAAGGAACAAAUGAUGUAAUAGUACAUGAUGACAAUAGAAGUCUUUCUUCAAGUUCAAGGCAUAGUGAUGCAUCUAUGCAGGAUGUACCCAAUUCAUCAUAG